AUGUUUUAUUCUUAUCUAUUAUUUCCCCAAUGUUUAUAUUACUCUUCUGUCCUCUUUUUUUCUAAUAAAAAAAUAACGCAUGUUUUAAUAUUCCUAUUUUCUUUUUUAUCCUUUCCUUUUAUCUUCAUUUCUUCUCUUCUUUUGUGUAUAUUGAUUCUUUUGCUUCCUUGCAUAUUUCAUUAUCAAUUAUACCUCCAACAUAGCCGAAUAACUCUCUCUCUCUCUCUCUCUCUCUCUCACUCACUCACUCACUCACUCACUCACUCACUCACAGAGAGAGAGAGAGAGAGACACUCACACGCCCAUAUCUAUUCCUUGACUUUAUACCGUUCCUUUCAUUUCACUCCCCUUUUAUUCUCUCUUAUUUUUCUCAUUUUCACUUUUACUCUCAUUCUUUCUCCACCUUUAUCUCUUUCUCUCUAUACCUCUCACUAUGUCUUUCACGUUUAUUUAUUCUUUCUUAAACAUCAAUUUACUUUCUCAUUUCACACUUUUCUCUUUAUUUUUCUUUCUUCCUUUCCAUUUUUUACUUUAUUUUUUUUCCUUUCUCGACAUUUCCAUAGAUCGUCUUUUUUUCUCAUUACUUCUCUUCCUCUUGCAUCUUUUUUUUUAUUAUUUCUCCCCUUUCGUUUCUCAAUAUAUUACUUUCUUCUUUUCAUUUUUUGUUCAUUAUAUCUCUUUCUUUUCUUCUUCUUUUUCAUUAUUUUUCUUCCCUCUUUUCCUUCCCCAUUUCUAAUCAUUUAUAUUUGUUUCCUCUCUCUUUUCACCAUAUUCUUCUUUCUUCCCUCUCUAUUUCACCUUAUUUCUUAUUCUCACCUCUCUCUUUUCCCAUUAUUUCUCUUCUCCCACUCUUUUCUCCCUAUUUCUCUUUCUUUCUCCCAUUUUCAAUCCUUUCUCUUUCUUUCCUCCCACUUCCUAUAUUCUACCUUUCUUUCUUUUUCUCCUUCCACUUAUCUACAUUGCAACUUAUUCUUCACGCAUUACUUUUCUUUCGUUUUCUCUCUCCCUCUGCCUCCUCCUCAUCGCUCUUUCUCAUAA